AUGGUCAGAAAGAGGUGUUUGCUUCUGCUCUGGAAAAGCGCCCCAACGCAGCGUAAAACAGAACAGAGCAUCCCAUAUCCUCCCAGAGAGAGAACAGAACAGGGUAUCCCGUAUCCUCCCAGAGAAACAACAGAGCGGGGCAUCCCAUAUCCGCCCAGAGAGACAACAGGGCAGGGCAUCCCAUAUCCUCCCAGAGAAGCAACAGGGCGGGUCAUCCCAUAUCCUACCAAGGGGACAACAGAACGGGGCAUUCCAUAUCCUCCCAGAGAAACAACAGAGCGGGUCAUUCCAUAUCCGCCCAGAGUAACAACAGAGCGGGUCAUCCCAUAUCCCCCCAAAGAGACAACAGAACGGGGCAUCCCAUAUCCUCCCAGAGAGACAACAGGACGGGGUGUUCCAUAUCCUCCCAGAGAAACAACAGGGCGGGUCAUCCCACAUCCUCCCAAAGAGACAACAGAAUGGGGUAUCCAAUAUCCUCCCAGAGGGACAACAGGACAGGGCGUCCCAUAUCCUCCCAGAGAAACAACAGAGCGGGUCAUCCCAUAUCCUCCCAAAGAGACAACAGGACGGGGCGUCCCAUAUCCUACCAGGGGGAAAACAGAACGGGGCAUCCCAUAUCCUCCCAGAGAAACAACAGAGCGGGGCAUCCCAUAUCCUCCCAGAGAAACAACAGAGCGGGUCAUCCCAUAUCCUCCCAAAGAGACAACAGAACGGGGCAUCCCAUAUCCUACCAAAGGGACAACUGAACGGGGCAUCCCAUAUCCUCCCAGAGAGACAACAGGACGGGGUAUCCCAUAUCCUCCCAGAGGGACAACAGGACGGGGCGUCCCAUAUCCUCCCAGAGAAACAACAGAGCGGGUCAUCCCAUAUCCUCCCAAAGAGACAACAGGACGGGGCGUCCCAUAUCCUCCCAGAGGGAUAACAGGACGGGGCGUCCCAUAUCCUCCUAGAGAAACAACAGAGCGGGUCAUCCCAUAUCCUCCCAAAGAGACAACAGGACGGGGCAUCGCAUAUCCUACCAAAGGGACAACUGAACGGGGCAUCCCAUAUCCUACCAGGGGGAAAACAGAACAGGGCAUCCCAUAUCCUCCCAGAGAAACAACAGGACGGGGCGUCCCAUAUCCUCCCAAAGAGACAACAGAACGGGGCAUCCCAUAUCCUACCAAAGGGACAACUGAACGGGGCAUUCCAUAUCCUCCCAGAGAGACAACAGAACGGGGCAUCCCAUAUCCUCCCAGAGAAACAACAGAGCGGGGCAUCCAAUAUCCUACCAGAGAGAGGAGAGAGCGUGAUGAGCUUGUCCCAUAUCCCCCCAUCCCCACCCCCCACCCCCCACCCUACCCCUAA